AUGGCCCUAAAGGUAUUGCUGGCGUGCUGGAUCGUCGCGAGUCCGGCUCUAUCGUCGCCGGAGGAUCGAAUACCCGGGCACAGCGGGGUCGUAUGGCCGGCCUGGUACCGCGACAGGCUGCAACAUGCCAGACACGACGUCGUCCCGGAGACGAGCACCGCGAGGAACCCGUGGAGGCCGCAGGCGACCAGGUUGGCGCAGCGGACGAAUUCACGGCAUCACGUGGAGCAACGGACAUUGGAGCACAAUUUCAGCGGCGCCGUCGCGAUGACGGAGCACGGUGGCACUAAGGCGAUAGCGUACGCGAGCUAUCACGGUAAUCACCGGCAUCAGCCGAGGGAGGACGUCACGCAGAGCUAUCAGCUGAUCCCGACUACGGCCCCCACGUAUACGAGGCAUCAUUCGGGGAGGCGAGUGUGCACCAGGCAACAGGCGACUUCUCAUCAUCACCGAGAAAAACAAAUCAGGUUAAUCCUCGGUUACACCGAGCUGACCUCCGGUUUCUUUUGCUGCCCGGGAUGGUCGCAAAUCUCCCAUUUGAGUUUCGGUUGCAACAAACCUACGUGUCCCUGUCUGAACGGUGGAAUUUGCACAUCGCCCGGCAAAUGCACGUGUCCCAAGGGAUAUGUCGGUAAUCAGUGUCAAACAGAUGUAGACGAGUGCACGACGGAAAAACCGUGCGGCCAGCUUUGCACGAAUCUACCUGGCAGCUAUCGAUGCCACUGCAGAGUUGGUUUUCAGCUUCAGGAGGACGGCCAGUCGUGUCGGAGGAACGGCACCGACGAGAACGCGUUUGAGGCGCGCGACUUGGAGAGUGAUUUCCACGACGGUGUGUCAGCAACGAGACCGACGACUUCUUCUCACGAUACCGAAAACGAGGUGGGUGACGAUGCACAAGAUUACGAGAUAAUCUUGAAGAGACUGACCAAACUGGAAAAGCAAGUGGCCAGAAACAGGAAGAGAGAUACGGAGACCGCGGAAAUGAAUACCAAAGUCACACUAGCCGUCGAGAGUGUCAACGAGAUGAGGAGAACCGUCGAGAACGUGCAACUGAUGCAACAGGAAGUAUACGACAUGAGAAGCAAGAUGAAGCAGUACGAGGUGGAAAUGAGAAAGAUGCAGCAUCUGAUGAACCGCGUAGCGGACCUCGAGAGUCGUCUGAGAUUACGCUGCAGAUCGCCAGUGCCAAUUAGCGGGUCAUUGAAUUUUUAGGGCCACGCGGUAACUACGUUCGAUC